AUGUGGCUCUCGUCCUUUGCGACGUCGGACGCGCCCGAGCUGCACGCGGUGCGCGCGCGCGUGUGGAAUGGACGAGACAGUGACGCCACGUUCUAUGAAGAAGGAGAUGAGGAGGAUGCGGAUGCGCUGACGCUCGUGGUGACGUCCGACGUGUCGCUGCUGCGUCGUCUGCGCGUUUUCCACGACUCGUUCGUGACGCUUCAGUACCAAGAGCGUCGCCACGUGGCGCGUUUGCGGCUUGUGCCGCAGAGUAUACAAACAUCAAGUCAAGAAUCAACCACGGACGAAGGCCACAAUGCCCAUCAAGAUGUCGACGUGACGCUGUCGCCGCUCUUGGCGUUCAACCUCGGACUCCACACUCAAGCGACCGUCUCGCUGUGGAUCUCUUCUGCGUCUAUUCAAGAGCUGGGGCUUUCACUGCAGCCGUCGCCACCUUUGUACCGGCGGAAACACCACGAGCGACCAGCUGCAGCUCGAACGGCCAUCAUUGCACCACUUUCUCAUUCGAGUCGCUCGUGUCGCUCGCACGUGCUACUCCAGCAGCAAAAUGACGGACUCAUGGACGCUGUUCGCACGUUCUUUCACUCGGGUCAAGUCGUGCAAGUUGGUGAUGUCGUUGCUGUUGAGCUUCGCGAGACAACGGCGUCUCGGGGAUCUCAUCUGGCAAAUGAACGGUACCAAAAGCAGUAUACACCGUACAAGUGCGUGGAUGUGCCAGCGGCCUAUAUGGUGUCCAUAGAUAACGGUGCAGCUGCUGCGGAAUCGAUGACUGAAGUCCUGCCGCCGAUUCUAGAGCUCGACACGGCGCUCGUGUUUUUUCGAGUGGAGAAAUUAUGUGGUGAGGCGGACGAUGCCUUGGCAUUGACGAUCUCCCAUGAUACAGAACUGAUGCAAGGGCCAACGAUCUCGGCGGCAUUGCCUGACGAAGCAAUUGUGAAGCAGCUCCUAAUGCAGAGCCGGUAUGGGGCUGCGGCGCCCUUAGUUGACUCAGUGAUGCCGUCAGCUGCCCAGCGAAAGUUGUACGAAUUGCUACACCCGACCCAGUUGUGCAAUAUACCCGUCUCAGUGCUUUUGAGUGGUGCCCGAGGUGUUGGCAAGCAGACUCUUGUUCACCAAGUAGCAAAGCUGCUGGGCGUGGUCACAGUUGAGGUAUCAUUCACUGAGCUUACGGGACAGUCGGAGCUUCAUUUACUAGAAAACGUGCGGGAGCAAGUGUCGAAGGCACGAGCACUGUCUCCCUGUGUUCUGUACAUCCGCCACCUCUUCCCAGUCGAAAGAGAUAAUGAAGAAGCCGAGCUGCGCGUUGGCGCCGUUCUCUCAGAGUGCAUUCGUUCGCUUAGUCAAGACCAGCAUAGCGUUCCAUUGGUCGCGUGCGUAGAAGACGCGAAAGAAGUAUCAAAAUUCAUCCGACAGUGUUUCCUGUACGAGAUACAUCUGGAGGCACCGGAUCAGUCUCAGCGACUGGAGUUCUUGCAGCACAUGGCAGUCUCUAUAAAACUCAAUGAGGACGUGGAUUUGAGUGAAGUCGCACAGAUGACUGCAGGUCGGACGUUCGGAGAGCUUUCGGCUAUGUUGGCAGAUGCAGGUAGCAAUGCUAUUGAUCGAAUGAUUGGGGGUGAGACUAACGGAAGCAAGCGGUCGUUGGAGGACCUGGUGUUCGGUGACUCUGACAACCUCUCCUCCGAUCGCUAUUCUGUCUCAGCCAAGGACAUUGAGGAAGCUGUACAGAACCAGCAGGCGCAUGUGUCAUCUGCUAACGUCAGUAACGCAUCGAUUCCGAAUGUAAAAUGGACCGACGUGGGUGGCCUGGAAGACGUGAAGGACGAGAUCUUAGAUGUCGUGCGGCUACCGAUCGAGCAUCCAGAACUUUUUGCUAGUGGUGUACGUCAACGCUCUGGUAUCUUGUUGUAUGGACCUCCAGGAACGGGAAAAACAUUGCUAGCAAAGGCCAUUGCAACGGAAUGCAAUCUCAACUUUCUUAGUGUGAAGGGACCCGAACUACUAAACAUGUACAUUGGUGAAAGUGAGAAGAACGUGCGGCAGAUUUUUGCGAAGGCUCGCAACUGCCGUCCUUGCAUUCUUUUCUUCGAUGAGCUGGACUCACUGGCUCCGAUGCGUGGGCGUGGGUCUGACUCAGGUGGUGUCAUGGACCGCGUGGUGUCGCAGUUGCUGACGGAGAUCGAUGGUCUCAGUGGCGGCGGUAAUGACCAAGUGUUUGUCAUAGGCGCGACAAAUCGUCCAGAUCUGCUGGAAACAGGUCUGCUGCGCCCAGGACGCUUCGAUCGUCUACUCUACCUCGGUAUAUGCAACGAGAAAGCAGCACAGCUAAAAGUGCUAAAGGCACAGACGAGGAAGUUCACGCUGGCAGAGAACGUUGAUUUGGACGCAGUAAUUGAGCACUGUCCGACCAACUUUACGGGUGCAGAUUUUUACGCACUCAGCUCUAGCGCGCUUGCGGCUGCACUGAAGGAUCGCGUCAAGUCUCUGGAUCGUCAACUCGAAGAGAUCAAUGUAAAGGACUGCUAUUCGUCCAGUCCGUUGACAAUGCGCCUCCUCCUCAACCGCUUGUCACCAGAAGAACUGCGUGUGUCUGUGGGUCAAGAACACUUUAUGACGGCGCUUUCGCAAGUCGUUCCGUCUGUGUCGCCCGCCGAAAUGCGGCAUUAUGAGAAAUUGAGGAAAGAGUACAGCUCGAAACAAACGUAA